AUGAGCCGGGACGACCACCGGCGCCGGCGCUGGGGCUCGCGCCCAGACUCCCCCGACCGGCGAUGGGGCGGUCGGGACACAUACCACGGCCAGCCGCACGACACCUACUAUGCUCAUGGUCAUCGGCAUGACUACGAGCGACCAGGCCCGUCGCGUACCACCCGCGACGCGAGAGACUACGAUCACCUGUCCAUCGAACAAGUCGAGGUGCUAUCACAAGCCCUUACAUCGGUGAUCCAGCGUUCUGGGAAACGCCAUGUCGCGCGAGCUGUCGCCGAGCGGCUGGCCAAGUUUGGUGGCGAGAAUGCCGAUGACGCGAGGCGUCGGUUAGAGGUCGCUGAGGAAGAGGUUCGGAGUGGUAUGGGGGAGUUGCAGACUGCUUUGGUGGGGGUGUUGCGGGCUAUACGUGGUGGAGGUGGGAGGGAAGGGGAGGUGGAGGCGAUUUGGGCGCGCGUUGAACGACUGGAACGGGGUCUCGACGAACAACGACGGUCACGGCCUCCACGGCGGCGGUCGCCUUCGCCACCCCGACGCGAGCCUUCGCCGGCCCGGUCUUUGCUCGAUAAGGGAAAGGGCAAGGAAGUCGCGCCCACGAAGAAGGACCAGGACGGCGAGGUCUCGGUCACCGACUCGAGACGGGGACGCGCGCGCGCCCUCUUGGAAGAGGUGUUGCGCCGCCUCGAGGAGGUCGAGGAAAAGGCUGAUACCGCCAUCCAGUCGUACCAGCUAGUCGCUGACGACUUAUCUGUCCUCGAUACGGACAUCGUCCUCCAGAGCGACCAGAUCGAGGAGCUGGACCGCCUCGUACACAAGCGCAGGCGUACCCGCGAGCCGCAGUCGGUCAAGGCGCCGGCGGAACCGGAGAGUAGAGGGGAGGCGGAUAUGGAUAUCGACAGCAGCAAUGAGGGGGAGGUACGGGAGGUUGAGAGGCCUGAGAGACCCUCGUCACCUAUAACGCUCGUCAUACCCGCGAUUCCCAAACCUGCCGAUCCUGGGUCUGCCGGUCCCAGUUCUGCUGACCCCAAUUCCGGCGGCCCAGGACUCGAGGAUGAAAUGGCGCAGCUGCGCGAGCAGAUGGCCGCGAUGGAGUGGCGCAUCAACGAGAUGCAGGCCAGCGUCGCAACAACGGAGGCGGCGGAUACGGACAAGCCCGGCGAGGUACCUGAGCCAGCAAGGCGCGAACUAUCGGUUCCGCCGAACCAGGCGGCCCUCUCACCGACAGCGAUGUUUGAGGCACUCACCAACAUCCGUCAAACAUUACGCGACAUGUCCAAGAACCUCGAGAGCCUCAAGUCACGUGUGGACGCGUUUACAAAGGUGGACGUGCAGGCUAUUAUCGAGUCUGAGCGUGCACAAGUCCAGACGGCCGUACAGAACCUCCUCGACUCAAAGUAUCAGGAGGUCAUCGCGGCCACCGAGGAGGUGGUGACAGCCAAGAUCGACGAGCACAUUUCGCGGAUGGUGCCGGUGGUCGUCACGCGCGAGAUCCACGCCCCUACUGCAAAGUCUCCCAACGUCGCCAGCCCGAAGAGUAAGCAGAGCGUACCGCCGCCGAGCGCGAAUUCCGCACCCCAGUCUCCCACGGUGCCGUUACAGCAGCGCCUGAGUGUUUCCACCAACCAUCCAAGACUAGCGCUGCGCAUGAGCGAGGGAAGCGAGCAGCGACCCGCUCAACAGACGAUGCAGCAUAGCCAACAGAGCCCUGCACUACAACCCAACGAGCAGCAAGCGUUACACCGAGUCCAGCAGCAUGCGGCUCUGGUGCACGCCCAGCAUACGCGGGACGCUGCGUCGAGCUCGCAAAACCCCACGUCCUUGCCUCCGCAGCAACACUCUGCGCUGGUAGAGCAAUCACAAAAUCCGAACUUGUCCGACGAGCAGAAGCUGGGACUGCACAACGCGGUGCAGGCGCAAGCUCAGCAACUCGCAUACCAGCAGCAGCAGCAGCAGCAGCAACAACAGCAACAACAGGCAUCACAACGCCCUCCAAGUACUACCGAGACCACCGACAGUGGCAACGGCCACGGGAGCAACAGUGUGCACUCCACCCCCGAAUUUAUUGGCAUGACGCUACCUCCGCAGCACGCAAUGCCGCAAGUAAGUACCUCCUCCUUGUCGGCGGUGGUUUCGGCGGCCUCGAACAACAACCCUAAUGUGAGCCCGGCCCUGCGGACCGUCCGUAUCCCGACACCGCGCGAGCUGGCGGCGUCGGGAAUCACGCCCGACGCCAUCCUCGCGUCCAACAUGUCCGCCUCGUACAAGCAGCUUGUUCUCCAGCAGUUCGGCCCGACGUGGAUGGAGCGGCUCCAGACAAUGGAGCAGCAGCAGUGGGCGCAGCAUGCGGCGCAGGAAGGCCAGCAGCAAUUCCAGCGGGUCCCACCGCAGGCAGGGCAAUUAUCUCCUCAACAGCAACUCGCGCAGCCCAUGGGCAUCCACCCGCCUCCUCCCCCGUGA